CUUUUCAGUUCGGAGCAUCAUUUUAAAACUGACUUUUCCGUUAGUUGUGCGUGUUUCGAGAGGUAGAGCGUCUUCCGAUUUUUAUACUUGCAUAAAGCUGACAGAAAAUGGUUGGUGCCGAUUUUGAAGUUGGUGACCUGGUCUGGGCAAAGAUGAAGAAUUAUCCAUUUUGGCCUGGUAAAAUAGUGAAUCCUCCAUCAAAUACAAAAAGUAGUCCAUCUAAAAAAGCACAACACUAUGUUUUCUUUUUUGGAAGUGAAAAUUAUGCUUGGAUUUUAGAUGAAAACAUUGUCCAUCAUUCAGAAGAAAUGCUACAGUCUACUUCUAAUAAGAAAAAAUCAACCACUUUUAAAUCAGCAAUUAAUAAAAUCAUGACUGAAAGUAAAAAUGCUCCAUUGAAAAGCAGACCACUUGUUAAGGAAAAAGUUAAAAAAGAGUUGUCUGUCGAAUCUCCAUCUGUUUCGAUGUCUGGAAGAAAAGAUAGCAAAUCUCAACGAAGCCAAUCUAAAUACGAGAAUGCUAAGAAGCAAUAUUUUGCCAACGUUCAAAAGGCCUCACAAAAUCGAUACUUUGCAAAAAUGCAGAAAAAAGUCAGAAAAAAAUAUUUUAAGGAUAGAAGCCAGAGUUCUAGACCAAGGGAAAUUUUUAAUUUAGAAUUAAAUGGGGCAAACUAUCAAGGAGUGUGGAGUAACCUCUCUGAUAAAGUUGUACCAUGCACAGAUAAAAAGAUAGGAUUCUUAGGUUUAGGAAAAAUGGGAAAAAGAUGUGUCAAAGAAUUAUUAGCAUCUGGACACAAUGUUACUGUAUGGAAUAGAACAUUCAGUAAAUGUUCAGAAUUAGUUAAGUUAGGUGCAGAUUGUGCUUACUCAGUAGCUAGUGUUAUUGCUAAGUGUGACAUAAUAUUUUGUUGCGUUUCAGGUCAAGAUGCUGUAAAAUCAGUUAUUUUUGGACAUGAUGGUGUUCUAGCAGGGCUUGAGGGAACCAGAGGUAAAGGUUAUGUCGAGCUGAGCACACUUGAUCCUAUAACUAGUGAAGAAAUUGCUGAAGCAAUAAGACAGAAAAAUGGAAUAUAUCUUGAAUCGCCUAUUACUGAAACAAAAAAGCAGGGCGAGGCUAAAGCCUUUGCAGUUAUUUGUGCUGGAGACUUUCAAUUGUUUCAUAAUUGUGAAAGUUGUUUUCAUGCCAUUGCCAAUGAUUUGUAUUACCUAGGUUCUAUGGUUGGAAUUGCAUCGAAAUUGAACCUUCUCGUAAGUAUGUUCACAAAUACUGUUUAUGCUGCAUUAGCAGAAUCAUUGGCAUUGAUUAGAAUAUUAAACCUUGAACCAUGCGAUUUCUUGGAAUUUUUUAAAAAUUCACCUUUAAAUUGCUCUCUACUUCUUCAGAAACUAGAGGAGAUGACUUCAAAAAAUUUUAUUGAUGAGAAGGAAUUUCAACACCGACAGAGAGACUUGAGUUACGCACUUGCUUUAGGGAACGAUGUUGAACAACCAAUGCCACUUACUUCUAAUGCAAAUGAACUUUAUAAGCGUCCUAACCAUUUACUUUAUAAUUGUGAGAAUGGCAUCUUCUCUGGUGUAUCAGCUUCUAGGAACUGAUGGCAUUGAUUGAUUCUGGAUUGCUUUAUUGUAUAUAUGUCAAACUGCACGAUUUCUAAUGUCAUUACUUGAAUUUUAAUUGUAAUCGAUGUCUAUAAAGAUAUAUUGAAGCAAAAACUAAUGGUUUUUUUAUUAUGACAUUUAUUUUUUACGUAAAAUAAGAAAAUAUUGGGGAAAAACAAAUAAGUGUGAUAUAUUGUCAUGAUUUUUAUAAUAAUGAUUAACAUCUUAUUUGUUUUUGCUGAAUUUUUUGCAGUUUUCCUUUCAUUUAAUUUUUACAUUUAAUAUUUUAUUAAAGAGAUUUUAAACUACGAAACAAAUUUCUUGUUGUAUGUUUAAUUUUUUUAAAUCCAAAAAUAAUAUUAUUUUUAAUAAAGAUUUUAAAAAUUGAAAAUGCUUUUUAAAUACAAUAAAUGUCUGAUAAUAUAUUAUCUAGCUGUGUGAACUUUAAUAUGUAUUUUUUUUUUUAAAACUAUCAGCCAGACAGUUAUUUUUUAAAUUAUUACAUUUAAUGUAAUAUUUUAAUAUUAUUCCAUUAUAGUAUCUAAAAUUAAUAAUCAAUAUAUUUAAAAUUGUGCUGUACUGUAGAAGAGAUUUGGAUUAAACAGAUACUGUUUAAGACAUACAAAAUAUAUCACUGAUCAAAAUUCAUGUUAGUACAGCAUACUCUAAAUAUCAAGUUAUGGUGUCAUAUUUUGGUUAGCAGUCAUUCAUUGUAUAAGUGCUACAAAACGUGAUCCAGAAUUAUUGCCAUCAUGGCUUAUAUAUAUUUGUGUAGCUAUCCUCCUUUUUUAUCUGUUAGUACUUUCAUCAUAUGGGUAUUUUUUGCUACAAAAUGAGAUCCAGAAUUAUUGCCAAUAUGGCUUAUGUAUAUUUGUGUAGCAAUCCCCUUUUUAUCUUUCAGUACUUUCAUCAUAUGGUUCUUUCAAUAUAGAUGUACAAUUUCGGAUACUUUCAGUGCAAAGAAAUUGUUUUGAUUUAUAAAACAAUUUCCCUCUAUUAGAAUAAAAUUUGUCAUGAUUGGCUGUUUUAAAAGUAUGAAUUCAAUAUUUAAGUGUACGAGAUUUAAAAUAUAUAUAUUAAUUGAUUGGUGGAAAUAUGAAUAUGAGUAAUUAUGUUUCCAUCGUGCUCUCUCCUUAUAAUAACAAAAUUAUUGAAUAAUUUCUUAGAAAGCAGAUGAGACAUUGAUCAUGAAAGGUAUGUGUUAAGUUUAUAGAUUUUGAUAAACUUUGCAGAAUAAUGCUUAUUUAUGUAAGCAUGUAAUAUUUUGAAAGUUCAUUGCAUAUAAAGUUUUUUUUUUUUUUUUUUUGAAACUCUAGUAAUAUUUUUGUAUGCUUGUUAUAGGUUGCCACUAGGGAUUGCAAUAUCGGACCAAAAUUUCAAUACCGGUAUUCGGUAUUUUUUAGAUCUUUAAUACCGGGAUACCGGUAUUAGAAAUUUUAGAAAAAUAAAGGGGAAAAAAAGGUAUUUUUUGUUUUAUUUGCCAGUUUUAUUGGAGUGUAAAUAUCACAAAAAAAUAAUUUGUAACUUAUAAAUUAUAACAGUAUAUAAAGAAUCACAAAAAAGUAAAGGAACAACUUAUUUAUUUAAAUCACGAAAAUGUGUAAAUAUCACUAAUUCAGUCUGUGUUACUAAUACAAAUUUUUGAAAUGUGAUCUUAAAAAAGAUAAUGCAUCAAUUGCACUGUCAUUAAGCCUGAAAAGUAAUUUUGUGCAAAAAUGACCAGCUGUCGAAAACGCUCUUUCGGCAUCUACGAUAGUUAGUGGUAUUGUUAGCAGUGCACGAUAUACUUUUUCCCAGUAUUUACCUCUAAAUUCCUCAUCUUCAAGUAAAUAGAUUUCUUAUCGGAUGAUUUUGGAUGCAGCGGAUUUCUGUAUUGUGUUUUGGUUCGUUGAAAUUUUCUUAUUUAUCGCUAAUUCUAAUUUUUGUUCAAGAGACAAUUCCUUUUCACUAUCGACAUUAGUGUCAUUAUAAUCUUCGAUAAUUGUACCGGAUUCUUUUGAAUGUAGAUAGGUUUGUGGAUAAAAAAAUUUAAGAAAAUUUACUAUAAACUGAAUCAGAUUUGAAUUGGUUAUUUUCUUUUCUUCUUUUUCAUUUUUUAAAAUUAUUAUAAUUAUGUAAAUACCAUAAGACAUUUUCUAUUUCGGUAUGCCUUUCUUCUGUGCGAUUUUUCAAUGUAAUAUAUAAUUCUUCAGAUAGUGAUGUGUGCUGUUCUUUCAGUGACUGCAACAUGAAAUUUAUUGUUGCAUUAACUGUUAAUAAAUUAGAAUCUCUCCCACAUAAUGCCUCAAUAGUCAUUUUUAUCGGAAGUAGAGCUGAUACAGUUCUGGAUAUUAAGUCGAAUUCACUAUCUGAAAAAUUAAUUUGCAAGUUUAAGUUUAUUAUUGCUUUUUGGAUUAGAUUUCUCAGUUUCAAAAAUCGUUGCAUCAUUAGGCGUAAACUGUUCCAACGUGUUUUAAAAUCUAAUAUUAACAUAUAUUCUGUUUUAUUUUCAGUUAGUAUAUAUUUUAGUAAUAUGUCAUUUUUUAUAGGGGAACAUUUAAAUAUCUUAACAAUUUUUCGAACUUUAUAAAUUAUAGGAAGCAAUUCUUGAUGGGUUAAUAUUUCAUCCUCAUUAGCAAUAUCUUCUUCAACAAUUAAAUUGUAAUUAUCUUCAUUGUCAAUAUCACUCUCACUCACUUCAAAGUUGGAAUCCGAAGUUUCUAUAUCCACAGUAUUUGGAUUCUUCUGUUCAUUAUUUUUUUGGUAUAAUACAUCUAUUACUCCUAAUUGAAUUCCAAGAGCAUAGCACAAUUGCUGAUUUUCACCAAUCAACUUUCCAACUGUUGCUCCAUCAGUCGUUAUUAAUACAAUAUCAUCUUUCAGGGAUAAUCCAUGUUUCGCUAAUUUAUAUUUAAGCAAUUAAUUAACUAAUUAAUUUCGCCCGUUAGGGAGACAUAAAAACAAAAAUGUAUACUAUAUUGUUAUGUUCGCGAUACCUGAACAAAUAGUGGAGACAAUUUUAAAUAUAUUGCAAUCCCUAGUUGCCACAUUUAAAAGUGUAGAACUCUCAUGCAGUAAUAUUUAUGUAAAUUUUAAAUGUUAUUUACCUUUUUAAAAAUAUGAAAUCAUGUGUAUGUGAUUUAAGUAACCUUGUUAAGCUAUGAGAUGGUAAAACAAAAAUUGUUUGGAAAAGUAAAUAUUAAAUUACCAAUAUUUUUGUACAGUAUGAUUUUUCUUACAGCUCAUGUUCAAAAGUUUGCAUUCUUUUAAUAUGCAAAUGUUUUGUUUUUCAUAUUUUACUUUCCAUAACAUUGAUUUCAGUUUCAUCAUUACACUUUUCUAAAUAAGGAGUUUUAAAAACUUUACUUGAAUUUGUUCAGGUAAAUUAAGAAUAUGGCUUUCCUGUAUAUGAAUAUGAAAAAUAAAGAAUAAUCCUUUA